AUGUCGAGCCUUGAUGACGAAAAGCACUUGGACUCGGAAAGCGAUGUCGUCCGUGGAAAGACGCACAUCAAUGAAGCAUUGGUGGCGGACGAAGAUCGAGAGCAUAGCCUACACCGCGAGCUCUCUGCCCGUCAGAUAUCCAUGAUCGCACUUGGAGGCGCGAUCGGUACAGGCUUAAUUAUUGGUUCCGGUACAGCGCUGGUCAGAGGUGGACCACUUGGAAUCUUUCUCGGCUAUCUUUUCGUCGGAUUCGUCUGCUACUUGGUCAUGGUUGCCUUGGGCGAGAUGUGCGCGUAUCUUCCUCACAAAAAGGGGUUUUCAGGUUAUGCUACACGUUUCGUUGACCCUGCUUUCGGGUUUGCUCUCGGCUGGAAUUAUGUACUCAAGUAUUUGAUUGUUGCGCCAAAUAACAUCAACGCAGCGGGUGUUGUUGUGCAAUACUGGACGACGAAAGUAAACCUCGGUGUAUGGAUGGCCGUCUUCAUCGUAUUUGCGUUUACUGUGAAUCUCCUCGGUGUGCGUGUCUUCGGAGAACUAGAAUUCUGGUUCAGCAGCCUCAAGAUUAUCACUUUGAUCGGACUACUGCUUAUGGGCAUCAUCAUCGACCUUGGUGGGAAUCCACAACAUGAUCGCAUUGGCUUCCGAUACUGGGAUCACCCAUAUGGCCCCAUGGGAACAUAUCUUCUUUCCCGCGUCCAUAAUGACCACUUGGCAACAUUCCUCGGUUUUUGGAGCACGCUUAUUAAUGCCCUUUUCGCUUAUAUUGGCACGGAGGUCGUGGGUGUGACAGUUGGUGAAGCUCGAGCACCAAGGAAGAACAUCCCAAUAGCCAUUCGACAGACCUUUGUCCGAAUCGUCGUCUUUUACAUUGGAGGCGUGUUUGUGAUCAGUCUUACUGUACCGAGCACGAACGAGGAUCUAUUUGUCGCCAAUUCAUCUAAGGCGGGCGCCGCUGCCUCGCCUUUCGUGGUCGCAACGACUCUUGCCGGAAUAAAGGUUCUGAACCAAAUCAUCAACGCGUGCAUAUUGAUUUUCGUUCUCAGCGCUGCUAACUCGGACCUCUACAUCGGUUCAAGAACACUCUACGGUCUCGCCGUGCAGGGUCAAGCACCACGGAUUUUUGCGCGGGUGAACCGAAUGGGUGUGCCGUAUCCUGCCCUCAUACUAUGUGCCGCGUUCUGUGCAUUAGCGUUCCUGAAUGUGUCAGAAGGAAGCUCUAAAGUCUUUGGCUGGUUCGUGAAUCUUGUAUCGACAUUUGGAGCAAUCACAUGGAUGUGUAUUUGUUAUACGCACAUUCGGUUCAUGAAAGCGUUGAAGGUGCAAGGAAUGUCUAGAGAUCAACUACCAUACAAGGCGCCGUUCCAGCCGUUUGGAUCAUGGUUUGCACUCGUUUCAACCGGAAUCAUCACACUUUUCAAAGGAUUCGAUGAUUUCAUUCCGUUUGUGACGAGCAGUUUCGUAACGGCGUAUAUCGGGAUUCCUGCUUUCGGUCUCUUCUGGAUUGGGUACAAAGUGUGGUACCGCACGAGCGUGAUUCCGCUUGCGCAAGUGGAUUUGAUGACUGGCCAGAGAGAAAUUGACGAGGACGAGGAGCGAUACGAGGAGAUGCAGCGGGCGGAGGGCCCGCGGACGAUUUUGCAGAAGAUAUGGGAUGCAAUGUAG